AUGCCUUCCGCACGCACAAACCAGCCUACCAUCGUUCACUCGCGGCCUUCCACGGCCAAGAAGGAGCGCGUGGUCGGCUUCUACGAGGACCCAGUCGACUCUUUCUCCCGCCCCGUCAACACCGCUGAGAGCUGGGCCGCCUACCACUUCGAGAUGCACGCCAGGAAGUGUGCUUACUGCCACAACCCCUACGAAGUCCACCGCAACCACGAGCAGCUCUGCGACGUCGGCCACAGUCUCGCUCAACAGGUCGCUCGCUACAUCUACCAGAAGUCCGAUGGAGCCACCUACUCAACUGUCGAGGAAGACAACAAGCUCGUCCGUGUAGAGAUCCCCGCCGGCUACAUCGAGGUCUGCAGCCUCCUCAAGGCCAUUGAGCGCAGCAUCCGUCACCGAUCCCGCAAGCCAUUCGUCUCCAUGGACCGCAGCUACUACGUUGCCCCCCGCACAGCACCCGCCUCUCCCCGACGAAGCCACUCCGUCAAGGUUGAGCAAGAGCCAAAGACCAAGAAGUCAUCAUCACGACGCAACAGCGAAAUCGUCGACUGGCCACAGCACUCCACCAGCCGGCCGAAGCGUCCACUCGCCGAGAUCAGCAACACUCCCAACUCCAAGCGCGGGUCGCUCUACGAGGAGGAAGUGGCUAAGCAGCGCCGGGCUGCUAAGCACUACGCUGUCGAGGUCCGCGAGCCAUCAUCACGCGACAUCCGCGAGCACCGGUCGUCUGGCUACUACCGAUGA